AUGGUUUUGAUCAAGAGCCUCGUGCUCGCCGUCCUGGCCAGCUCGGUGGCUGCCAAGUCGGCCGUUAUCGACCUGAUUCCGUCCAACUUUGACAAGCUCGUCUUCGAUGGAAAGCCCACGCUCGUCGAGUUCUUCGCUCCGUGGUGCGGCCACUGCAAGAACCUUGCUCCCGUCUACGAGGAGCUGGCCCAGGUGUUUGAGCACGCCAAGGACAAGGUUCAGAUCGCAAAGGUCGACGCCGACUCGGAGCGUGAUCUCGGAAAGCGAUUCGGCAUCCAGGGCUUCCCCACGCUCAAGUUCUUCGAUGGCAAGAGCAAGGAGCCGCAGGAGUACAAGUCGGGCCGUGAUCUGGACAGCCUGACCAAGUUCAUCACUGAGAAGACCGGUGUCAAGCCCAAGAAGAAGGGCGAGCUGCCCAGCAGCGUUGUGAUGCUGAACAACAAGAGCUUCCACGACACUGUUGGAGGCGACAAGAACGUGCUGGUAGCGUUCACUGCUCCUUGGUGUGGCCACUGCAAGAACCUCGCUCCCACAUGGGAAAAGGUUGCCAAUGAUUUCGCGGGUGAUGAGAACGUUGUGAUUGCCAAGGUCGAUGCCGAGGGCGCUGACAGCAAAGCUGUAGCCCAAGAGUAUGGAGUCACCAGCUAUCCCACCAUCUACUUCUUCCCCGCUGGCACCAAGAAGCAGGUUGACUACCAGGGCGGCCGCCAGGAGAGCGACUUUGUCAAGUUCAUCAACGAGAAGGCCGGCACCUUCCGCACCGAGGGCGGCGAGCUGAACGACAUCGCUGGCACCGUGGCACCCCUGGACACUAUUGUGGCCAAGUUCCUCACUGGCACCGGCUUGACCGAGGCUGCUGCUGAGAUCAAGGAGGCUGUUGAUCUGCUUACGGAUGCUGCGGAGACCAAGUUCGCCGAGUACUACGUCCGCGUCUUCGACAAGCUGAGCAAGAAUGAGAAGUUCGUCAACAAGGAGCUUGCGAGACUGCAGGGCAUCUUGGCCAAGGGUGGCCUUGCCCCUGCUAAGCGGGAUGAGAUCCAGAUUAAAGUCAAUGUCCUGCGCAAGUUUACCCCCAAGGAGGACAAGGACGAGAAGGACGAGCUGUGA